AUUGUUUAUUUUGAUUUCUUUUUCUUUACUCACAUGUUUUUGAUCCUCAUCGUAAACAGUAAUUCUAAAUGUUUUUAGAGUUUUAAGGUUAAGUUUCAGAAUUGUAAAGUAAGUGUCAGAAAAUGAAUUUUAAACUUCCGCCAACAUUCAGAAAAAUAGUUGUUAAGAAAUUAACCCCUGUUUUUAAAGAAGCUAUCGAUAUAGUACAGGAAAAGCUUGUUCGACCCGGGCCAAGAGACGUUUUAAUUAAAACAAAGUUUGUUGGAAUAAAUGCUUCUGAUACAAAUGCUGCUGCAGGUCGUUAUUUUAGCGAAGGUGCAGCGACUCCAUUUGGAAUUGGAUUUGAGGGUAUGGGAGAAGUGGUUGAUGUUGGUGCAAAGGUGACUGAAUUAACUUAUGGUAAACCUGUAAUGUUUCAAAAAAUGGGUGCAUAUUCGGAAUAUGUGUAUGCAUCUGAAAAAGAAGUGAUACCCACAGCAUCGUGUGAUGUCAAUCUUCUCCCUUUACUUGUAAGUGGAUCUACUGCCGCACUUAGUUUAGAUAAGUGUGGACAGAUAAUACCCGGAGAUAAAGUACUCAUCACUGCAGCUGCAGGAGGUGCUGGUCAUAUUGCUGUUCAAUGGGCUAAAAAUGCUGGCUGUCAUGUUGUCGGUCUUUGUUCCUCUCAAAAUAAAGUACAAUUUUUAAAGAAUAUUGGAUGUGAUCGCCCAAUCAAUUAUAAAGAAGAAUCAAUAGCUGAAGUAUUACGCAAAGAAUAUAAGAAUGGUUUAAACGUUAUUUGGGAGACAAUUGGCGGUGAAACUUUUGACCUGCUGUUUAAAAAUCUUGCUCCAAAAGGCAGACUGGUUAUCGUUGGUGCAACUUCAAAGUACGUUGACCAGUCCUUGAAGCAAGAAGUUGAUCAAAAUAUGCCAAUUAAACUAAUGCUUCGUUCAACCAGUUUAAAUGGGUUUUUCUUGCCAUAUUAUAAAAAAGAUAUACCUCAUUACUUGAACUUAUUAAUCAGACAAAUGCAUGAACAAAAAUUAACCCUUCGCGUUGAUGAUGGUAGCCAGACUGGAAAACAGUUCAAUGGUCUUGAAGAUAUAUCUAGAGCUGUUGAUCAUCUUUACAGUGGAAAAAGUAUAGGCAAAGUUGUUGUUCCUUUUCAAUGAAAGUGAGAUGUUUUGUUUUAAUAAUAGACAUUUAUGUAUUUAAUUAAUAUUAUAUUUAGUGCAUGUCUAACCAUCAUUAUAUAGCAAAAAAAAAAAAAUUUUUUUUUAUUGAUCUAAUGGUCCUAUUUGAAUUUUUUAAUGAUCAUUUUAUCCUAUUAUGUUUACAUGUUUUUAACAAGAUAAUUAUUUUUUUUCUUUUAAUCAACUGAGAUGAAAGUGUAAAAAAUUGAUCUAAUAAGAGAAGAAUUUGAAAAUUUCUCAUCUAGCUAUAGCAAAUUAAUGUUCACUUCAUUGUUUCUUUUAUUAUAGUUUUUUUUUUAAAUUAUAAGAAAUUCAUCAUAUGUAAUUGUGGCUGUGGAGGGGAUUUGUUUCAUGUUUAUGGUUUGUGCAUCGAUCAGCAGUUUUUUAAAUAGCAAACCAAGUUGGAAAUGAAAAAAUUAUCUUAAAAAUUAACAUAGAAAAGUUGGUUUUUAUAGAUGUUGCAGUGCUUACCAUAAUUAAAUGAACUGUUCGAGUCAUAGGUAAAAUAAAGUAGCCUUGAAAUUUUCUUUUUUUGUUUAUGUGAUGGUUUAUGUAUAUAAACUGUGAAAAAUUUCUUACUACUUCCCUAAUUCUUGUUUAUAUCUAUUGAAUUUUUAUGAGUGAGACUAUCAAAACUUGUGAAAUGUACCAACCUAUUGUAAUGAUGCUGCGCCUAUGUUUUUAAUUUUUAUAUAAAAAUCUUUUAAAAAGGCUCUCUCUAUAAUAAAUAUUUUAAUAAAGAUUGAUUGAUUUAUUUUUGAAAAAAAUUAUAAAGUAAAAUAUGUUAAAAGUUUUUAAGUAGAUUUUUUUCCAUGCUGGUGUACAGACUUUAUCCAGAGAAUCGAUAUUCUGAAAUCAAUUUUAAAAUAUUAUUAAUAAUGAAUAUAUUUAUUAAAUUUUCAAGCAAAAUUUUCUUUAAAAUGAUAUAAAAUGCUAUGAAGUAAAAUAUAAGUAUUAUCAAUGUAUGUGUUUGUCUUUAUAGGCAAUAAAAUUGUGUGAAUCUAGAAAAUUAGUUUUUUUCCCCUUUAGAAAACACAUUGAUUAAAUUAAGUAGGUAGUUUAAAAUACCAGAUUGUGUAAUAUUUAGAUUAAUAUAAUAUAAUGAAUGUAUAAUAUUAAUAUUAAAAACACCAAAAUCAUUUAUGGAUUUAAAAUAUUUGUUAAGUUUUAUAGAGAGUUUUUCAAACAGAUUUGGUUUAACAUCAAUAGUUAUAUUUUGUUGACUAAACUUUAAACUUUUAAAUUUAAUCUUAAUCACAAAGGAACUUUUCUCUUUUAUUUGAUUUGAAACAUAACUGAAAAAUAUUCUAAUUUAAUGCUUUUUGUCUUGUUUCUUUUUACCAAAUUUCAAUUUUGUUUUUCAAAAAAAAAUAUAUCAAGUAAUUACUUAUUUUUAGUUUAUUUAAUUAGAAUUUUAGAACCUUUCAGAAUCUUGAAAGAUUCUUUUAACAAUUGAAUUCACACAUUUUCGCUCUAACUAGUGCCUUUAAGCAUUUUGCAAUCUUUUGUGAUUUGCUCAGUAUUAGGAUUUAUAGUUAAGCAUUUUUGUUGUUUCUCUUGGAGUUUAUUUUUAUUAAUGAUUGAACUGUGAUAUUAUUAAAAUACCAUAACACACAGUUAGGAGUGUGUUUUUUUAAAGCAACCAAGCUGAUCACCAAUGGCUGCUAGUGUUUUACGAUAAUAUUAAUUUUGUGCUAAAGAUAUGUAUAAUUUUAAAUUACUAAAACAUCUUUUCAUUAUAAUUUCUUAUGUAAAAGUUUGUUCAAUUGUUUGAGAUUAUAGUCAGAGAUCACUCCACCAUAUUUGUUUAGUAUAGAGCAUUUCAAAUCCACUUUCUAACUGUUUACGUAUGUCUACAUAUUUCAAUUCAUAAUGUAUCUCGAUAUGUAUUUUAAUUCAUAAUAUAUUUCUAUAUGUAUAUUAAUUCAUCAAUAUUUUUUUAUGUGCAUAACAUCUGAAUUCAAAUACUGUGGAAUGAUGUAUAACAUUAUAACCAUACUUGAUUUUCCUUUCUUAAAUAAUUCAAAGCGAUAUUUUAUGAGCUAGUCAUAUUUUUUUUAUGUUUUGUGUGUACAUGAACUAUGAAAAUUUUAAUUAAAUAUUUGACAUUUUUUAGUAAAUUUUGAAAUGUUUCAUAAUUAGAAUUAUUUUAUUUAUAAAUUCGAAAUCAUGGAUUGUUUUUUCAUUCUGAUAAAAAAUUAUGCAACUAACUGGUAAUUUGUAAUUUACAAUUACUUAGAAUAAAAUAUUUUUUAUUAA